AUGACAUCGGCGAAGCGAUGCCACUACGAAGUUCUCGGCCUCUCUCGGGACUCCUCUCCGGAAGAAAUCCGAUCCGGUUAUCGGAAGCUCGCCCUCCAACGCCACCCAGACAAGCUGGUCAAAUCCGGCCUCUCUCAAGCUGAAGCAACCGCUCAAUUUCAGGAGCUUCAGCACGCCUAUGAAGUCCUCUCCGAUCCAAAGGAACGCGCAUGGUACGAUUCUCAUCGUUCCCAAAUCCUCUUCUCCGAUCCAAAUUCCCACUCUAAUUCCGUUGUCCCUGACCUCUUCUCGUAUUUCUCAAACACCGUUUAUUCUAGUUAUUCCGAUACCGGUAAGGGUUUUUACAAGGUUUAUUCCGAUGUAUUUGAUAAAAUUCUGGCCAAUGAGAUCAAUUUCGCUAGGAAGUUAGGUUUAGGAGUUGAUUCUGUUCGACAGGCUCCACUUAUGGGGAAUUUAGAUAGUCCUUAUAAGCAGGUUACGGCUUUUUAUGGUUACUGGUUGGGAUUUUCGACGGUGAUGGAUUUUUGCUGGGCAGAUGAGUAUGAUGCCAUUGCCGGUCCAAAUAGAAAGUCGAGGCGGGUGAUGGAGGAAGAGAAUAAUAAGGUGAGGAGAAAAGCUAAGAGGGAGUAUAAUGAUAUUGUGAGGAGGUUGGCUGAUUUUGUGAAGAAGAGAGAUAAGAGAGUGAUUGAUAUGAAGGUGAAGAAGAAUUUGGAGAUGGAGAAGAAGAAAGAGGAGGAGAAGGAGAGGAAGAGGAAGUUGGAGAUGGAGAAAAAAGAGAGGGCCAUGGCUUAUGAGGAGCCUGAUUGGGCUAAGGUUGAUGAAGAAGUUGAGGAUUUGUUUGAGGAUGAUGAGUUUGAGAAGAAGAAAGACGAGAAGGAGUUUUAUUGUGUGUUGUGUGGGAAGAAGUUUAAGAGUGAGAAGCAGUGGAAAAACCAUGAGCAGUCUAAGAAACAUAAGGAGAAGGUUGCUGAGUUCAGGGAUUCACUCGAUGAUGAAGAGGAGAGGAUUCGAGAUUGUCUUAAUGUUGCAAGAGAGGAAAGUGCAAAUGGGGUUGAACUGAAUGAUGAUGGUGAUGAUGAUGAUGGCAAUGAUGAAUUUUUUGAUGCUUCACAUGCAAAAGGGGGGGAAGAGGAUGGUGUAUCAGUUGAUUUAGAUGACAAUAAUGAUGAUGGGGAUGAUGAAAAUGGUGUUCUUGAAACAAUGGUGGCAGGGCACAAGGAAAGAGUUGAUUUUGAUGAGAACGAUGAUGAAGAUGAUGAGAUUGAUGUUCUUGAAGCAAUGCUGGCUGGGCACAAGAGCAGAAAACCCGGUGCUUCAACACACAAGCCCACAGUUUCUGUAACUCCAACUCAAAUUGAGAGUGAGAGUGAGAGUGAGAAUGAGAAUGAUAGGGUUAGUGCUAUGGAAUAUAACAACAGAAAGAUCCCAAAAAAGAAACGUAGAGCCAAGAAAGAGAAGGGUGGGAAAAAUGGGGACGAGUCUAAUGUUCCUACCAAUGGAAAAUAUGAGAAGAAUGUACACACCAAUGGAAAUGAUAAUUCUAAUGCACAAGAGUCCAGUUCCCAAUAUUUUGAUGAUAAUGAGGAUAAUAGGAGUAACGAGAAUGAGCAGUUGGGUAGAGAUAAAAAGAAGAAUUUAAAUCAACCAAUUGAUAAGAAAGGAACUUCAAAGGACACAAAAACCAAAGCAAAAAUUUCAUCCAAAGGAAGAAAAGCAAAGAAUACUUCAAAGAAUCUUGGCCAUUUUUGUGAGACUUGUGGAGAGGAUUUUGAGUCAAGGAAUAAAUUACAUAGGCAUCUGGGAGAAUCUGGGCACGCAGCAAUGAAAAGUCGAUAA